AAAGGCAACAUGCCCCGGAUGUAGAUCAUCUGUUCUGGGCAGGAGGAUUCGUUCGGUUCACGUGUAGCAGGUCUGGUUUUAUGUUUCUAAAAGUUAAUUUUAGACAUUUCCUUUGAGGGCAUAUAUCGCUAUCGACCGACCAAAUGUUCACAAGCAGAAAGAGAAACUGUCCAUUGAGAGAGACUGUCAAUAAACAGUGUUUGGUGUCCAACGUUAGCGUUAGCGGGCUAACCGUUAACCGCUAACAGUUAUUAGCUAAUGUUAGUAUUAGAAGAUAUAGCAGUAUUAGCAGUAGUGGCAUCCACCAAGUGCAGCUGAUGAGGUUUCCUGAUGUCUGCUCAGUCAUCCAGGAUGAGACUUCUAAACUGGACUAAACCCAACAAGGACCUGUUGAAGGAUUACAAAUAAGCAGAUCUAUGAGAUUGUUUUGUGGGAAAGUGUGUGUUUUGAAAUUAUUUAAUUUGAUGUAAACAUGUCAGACAUUUGGAUUAAUUUAUCUCAUGAUGAAACUGCACCGAAAAAAGCUCCAGCAGGCAAGGUAAACAGGAAAAAAGAGUGGCUGCGUAGAAAGAGGCACAACCGUGGAGCAAAGGGGUACAGGGAAGGUAAACAAAAGAACAACCAGUAUAGGCAAGACUUCAGACAGAGCCAAACACCACUUCAGAAUGGUGCGUCCAUUAAAUGCCCACCAGCUUCCACUUCCACACAAAGCAAAAGUUUAUCGUAUCUGGCCAGUGCACACAGUAGUUCCAUGCCUCCAUGUGGAGAAAAACCAAAGGAGCCCCUGAAAUCAUCAGCCAGCAGCCCUGGUUCCUCAGUAUCAAGCACCUGUAAGCCCAUCACCAUGUCAUCAGGGAACCCUUCUAAGUAUGUCGCUAUUGACUGUGAGAUGGUUGGCACGGGACCAAAGAGCCUCAGUGAGCUUGCACGCUGCAGUAUAGUUUCCUAUGAAGGAGAUGUGAUUUACGAUAAGUUUAUCAAGCCCUCUGCACGAGUCACAGACUAUCGCACUCGAUGGAGCGGCAUCCGACGCCGUGACCUCGUCAAUGCCAUGCCAUUCACCAAGGCCAGGAUGGAGAUACUGUCGCUGAUUAAGGGUAAGGUGGUGGUUGGCCAUGCCAUCCACAAUGACUUCAAGGUGAUUGGUUACUGUCAUCCCCCCGAGCUGACCAGGGACACUUCUCGAAUUCCUCUCCUGAACCAGAUGGCCGGCAUUGAAGGGAAUAAGUGCACUUCACUGAAGACGCUCACGAAGGCCAUUUUCAACCGUGACAUUCAGAUUGGGAACAAAGGCCACUCCUCUGUGGAGGAUGCUAGAGCCACUAUGGAGCUUUACAAAGUGGUGGAACAUGAGUGGGAGACGCAACUUGCUGCUAACUCAACGGCCAUGUUGGGGUAAAACACUUGAUAUGGCGGGCAUGCAGUUUGGACAGCGGAAUUUAACUGUCCCAUUGUUGUGUGAAUAACAAAACCAGGAGAACUGCAAUUGCUCAUUCAACAAACCGGAUAACCUUCUACCAGCUGCCUGAAUUUAAAUAAAACUGUACUGUUGUCAGUGGAGGGGAAGAAUGUGAAUAUCUGUUGGAGCUGAAACUUCUUCUACAUCAAUUUAAGCUUGAUUUGUACUACUGGAUGAAAUCUAUGCCUUACCAUUACAUCUGUAUCGUCCCAGAAGUUUAUCUAGAUUGGUCCAUUUGAUAGUAAAAUAUGUGAGUAACACAAUGAUAUUGUUUCAUUGAAACAAUGUGUUGUAUCUGGCUUUCUCUAAAAAGCUAACACAGUUGCCAGUUUUCAGCCAGUGUUUUUUUUUAAACCAUGAAAGUCUGUAUACAGACAGAUAUAUUAUCGACCUAAAGAAGCCUACAUUGAAAUAUAUGGUAGCACUGCAGCAGAAAUAUUGGUAGAAGUAUAACUACCAAGGCUUUUAAAUUAAGUUUAAUCAGAUGUAAGAAGUAAUUCUGUACAUGCUUGUAAAUGAUUGCACAAGUAAAUUCCAGGAGGAGUCUGCUCAUUGCUGGGACUUUCUAGAAGGACGUUGGUGUUGGUAUAGAGGCAGGUGUUUUUGAAGACACUUCUCUUUUCUGUUUCAGUAAAGAUGAGUGUUUUAUAUGUAUUUGCUGCAAAUCCAACAAGAUGUGCUCAGUGUCAUCCUUAAUGGAAGAGUAAUGAAGUCGCAUUUGUCCAAACUCCAAAAGUAAACAUGCAAAAGCUGCAAUGGCCAUUAUGGUCCUGCAGAGAUUCAGUGCAGGACUAUAAAUCAAGCUUUAAUUGCAGUAGUUACAUUUUGUGUCAGGGUUUUACACUGUGUUCAAAUGGUGCUCAUGCCACUUGGGGGCAGUCAUGUCUUUGCUGGAACAUUAUUAUGUGAUGUAAACAGUUUCUAGCUUUUCACAUGUUUUUUGUUUUUUUGUUGUUUUUUUACUAAAUCAGCACUGGGCUGUAGUAGGACCGCAUUUUAUCAAGAGUCAUGUAAACACUGCAAAUAAAUGGUCUCAUAUUCUUACCAUGUGAACGCCAGUGAAAAAGAAAGUGAGCCCUGACUAAAAGAGCGUUAGUCAAACAUCUAAUUUUAUUCAGGACCAUAGAACAAAGACUUAACCCGUGAGUCAUCUGUGUAGACUUUAUUAAUAUGUUUUAAGGACCGAAUUGUUAAUAUCACAGACAUCUAUAAAGCGUGCAUUGUUAAAUUUAUUGGAGUUAGUUAUCAUUAAAAAACACAAAAAUCAAGAAUUGAUCAACUUCAUUCCCAUUCCCCAAAAUACUUCUGUUUAGACUUCAGGGUCCACACUGCUAGCCACUGGUUUGAUCUUCCAUUUCUCCUGUUACAGGAGUGGUCUGAGUGCCCAGUUAAUCAUCUUCCCUCUUUCAACUUCUUUUCCACCAAGUUCAAGAAACAUAAGUGGUGACUUUCUGAAUUUGUGCAAUUUCCUAUGCAAUGUCUGUUGGAAUAUGUUAUUCACUCUACUGUCAUCCUGAUUUUAAAAUCUAUAAAUCAUUACAGCAGUAAUUUUGUGGCGUUACUGUAAUUGGGUGUAAAGAAACCAACAAAACUGAGAUAACGUUCAAAUACUUAUGUGCACAAAACACCGUUUAACUUUUCAGUUUGAAACACUUCUCGCUUUUUUUUUCCACAUUAGUUUUUUAAUGUGGAAAAAAAACAAGUAACGGUGCCAUCUGUGGCCAUUUGAGGUAGUGAAAGAUGUCUUUGUAGUGCCCGUUUGCAUCAGUGUGUAGAAACUUCAUAAGUGGCAGCACAUAAAGAGCCCCAAAUAUGACCAUGAAGCUAGUGAGUCUGUGAAUGCAGAUUUCCUGUCCCAGUGAAUUCCUGGCCUAUUUAAAUUAAAGGUUAAAAUUGCUUCCCAAA